ACGUGACGCGUGUCCUUGCGGCAGCAGCAGUUGAAAGGGGCGUAGAGGUGACCGCAGUCAGUCUGACAGAGACAGUUUGCAGCAGCGCAGCUUGAGGCCGGUCAUUAUCAUCUGCACUUGUCACGCUUCCCAAGCAAAAUGCCUGAACCCGUGAAAGUCCUUGUGACCGGAGCUGCUGGUCAGAUUGCUUACUCCUUGCUCUUUGGUAUUGCUAAAGGAGAUGUCUUUGGAAAAGACCAGCCACUUAUACUUGUUCUUUUGGAUAUUACCCCUAUGAUGACUGUACUUGAAGGUGUGGUGAUGGAGCUGCAGGACUGUGCUUUGCCCCUGCUGAAAGAGGUAAUUGCUACCGAUAAGGAAGACGUGGCCUUCAAGGAUUUGGACGUUGCCAUUCUGGUUGGUUCUAUGCCAAGGAGGGAGGGCAUGGAAAGAAAAGACUUGCUGAAAGCCAAUGUGAAGAUCUUUAAAUCUCAGGGUGCAGCUCUGAACAAGUAUUCCAAGAAGAGCGUUAAGGUUAUUGUUGUGGGGAAUCCAGCAAAUACAAACUGCCUGACUGCACUGAAGUCUGCUCCAUCUAUCCCUAAAGAGAACUUCAGCUGUCUGACACGUUUAGAUCACAACCGAGCAAAAGCACAAAUUGCUCUGAAGUUGAAUGUUGCAUCUGAUGAUGUAAAGAACGUAAUUAUUUGGGGUAAUCACUCAUCAACUCAGUAUCCUGAUGCUUCUCAUGCGUCUGUAACUCUUCAAGGAAAAGACGUUGGGGCCUUUGAAGCAGUGAAGAAUGACGACUGGCUAAAGGGUGGAUUUAUCACUACUGUGCAGCAAAGAGGAGCAGCUGUUAUUAAGGCCAGAAAGUUGUCCAGUGCAAUGUCUGCUGCUAAAGCCAUCUGUGAUCAUGUGAGGGAUAUCUGGUUUGGAACCCCAGAGGGGCAGUUUGUUUCCAUGGGGGUCAUUUCGGAUGGAAACUCUUAUGGUGUGCCUGAAGACCUGAUGUAUUCAUUCCCUCUUACCAUCAAGAAUAAGACCUGGAAAAUAGUGGAAGGCCUGUGUAUCAAUGACUUUUCCCGGGAGAAAAUGGAUAUCACCGCUAAAGAACUUCAGGAUGAAAAAGAAACUGCAUUUGAAUUUCUGUCCAGCGAAUGACUAGUGACAGAUUCCACAAUGCACUUAACCCCCGAGAAAAUGAAAAGUUCUCUUUAAGUUUCAUACCAAGUGCUAUUUAUGUUGUCAAGCAAUGGCCACAAAGUCACACUGGAAUCCAUUUUGUAUCUGUGGCUAGUGUUCUAAAUCAUUCCUAGCAAUAGUCAUUAAAUGAAAACCCCACGUGGUUUUUAAAGUG